AUGGGUGAUGCCGUGGCGGACGCUUUGGAGCAGCUCAGUUCCGAGCAAAUUGAGCAAUUCCGAAAAUAUUUCAACAUGUUCGAUAAAGAGAGCAAGGGAUAUAUCCGGGCGUCUCAAGUUGGUCAAAUCCUCCGAACAAUGGGACAAGCUUUCGAAGAGAGAGAUCUCAAACAACUCAUCAAGGAAUUCGACACUGAUGGAUCCGGAGAGAUCGAGUUCGAAGAGUUCGCGGCAAUGGUGGCCACAUUUGUGGUCGGUGGAGCAGAUGAUGAAGGAUUAGAAGAAGAAUUGAGAGAAGCAUUCAGACUUUACGAUAAAGAGGGAAACGGCUACAUCAAUGUAUCCGAUUUGAGGGAUAUCUUGAGAGCUCUUGAUGACAAUAUCAAUGAGGAUGAAUUGGACGAGAUGAUUGCUGAAAUCGAUCAAGACGGAUCGGGAACUGUCGAUUUUACCGAAUUUAUGGAAAUGAUGUCAGGCGAA